CAUAGCGUCAACUCCAUUCCUCUCCUCCAAUCUAUAUAAAUGCUUGAAAAUGGAAUCAAAGUGAUCAUCACCCAAUAGUAUUUAGAUGGCAGGCUCUAUACUCUCGUCUAUCAUUUUCUUCCUUCUUUUUAUCGUACUUUCACAUUUUGUUGAAGCUCAUAUGGAACACCGUAAAUUAAGUGGAGCAAAAGAGACAAUGUCCGCGAGGAGGAACUUGGAAGGAAAUGGGGGCUCCAAAAUUCGAGCACCACCGAGCUUUUCGCCCCACAGUGGACAAAAAAACACUCACAAUGAGCCGUCCAAAACCCAUCCUAAUCAAGCGAGGCACCAAGUGCGAACUAUAUCUUAUGCGGGUACUGUUCAUUUGCUCAUCCAUGUACUGCAUCCAAAUGCAAUAGAGAUAUUGUUUAUGUGGUUACAAUUAAACAUAAAGUAGAAACAAUUAAUUAUUGGAUGCAAUAUGCAUAUCUUAAAUGCAUUAAAAGCUUUGAUAUUAAAAGCAUUUGAAACUAGUUUGAAUAUGCAUCUAAAUUACUAAAAAGUCUAAAAUAUCUUCACAAUUAUAACUUAAACUAAUUAUAUAUAUAUAUAUAUAUAUAUAUAUACUUGUCUUUUUCUAAAAAGCAACAUUGUGCUGAAGUUGCAGAAUCGAAUAUAUUUUUAACUUGAGUGAUUUCCAUACACAAAUUACAGAAUUUUGUUUUGACGGCAAGUAUAUAGUGGACUUGUUUUUCAUAUGCCAAAAUCAUUAAAAAAAAAUUCUCAUCAUAAAAAUAUAUAUUUUUCAUAAAACUGAAACCAACAAUUUUUCACCAAAAUAGUAGAACAACAAAUUUUCAACAACAAAUUUUCUAUAACAAAUAUUUUUAUUCGCAAAAUAGUGUAUUAACUGAACAAAAUAAUUAGUUGAUAUAUUAAAAUGUAUAGCAAAAAGUUUGGGUAUUAAAGAAUUUAAUGAAUUUAGUUUAAGUAUUUUUAAUAAAAUUUUCCUGUUUUUUUGUCAUCAUAAAAUUUUCCUGUUUUAGUAUAGAUAGUUUUUUCUUUAAUUUGAAUUUGAAUU